UGUAAAUUUCCGGUUCCUGUAAAAAAUAAACAAAACUUUCCGCGCAUUGUACAGGUAAAAAUUCGUCAACUAAAAUGUGAUUAUAACGAAAGAUAAAAUGAAAUUUAUACUAUCUAGACAACAAAAAAGAUACGGUACACCAUUGGUUUUGAUAUGUUUUAUAAUAGGCGGGCUGUAUUUAUUCCUGGAAAGUCAAAAAGCGAAACGACUAAAACUCAUCGCAGAAAAAUCCUUGUGGUUGGAUGAACUUCAAAGGGAAUCGCAUAAGAACUCUGCAGUGGAAGGUUUUCGGCGUAAACACAACAGCAAGCCUGGGUUUCUACACCAUACCAACAUCACUAAUGUGAACAUCACUGCAGAUUUACCAUUUUCAAAAGUUGAGCUGUUAAUCAAUAGGUAUUUCCAGCAGAAGCAGAUAACAUGUGACAACGAUGUUCGCCUUGGAUUCCAGCAUGACGGUGGUUGGAAUGUAUGCAUGACACCACCAUUUACGCUGACAAAGCCGUGUCUUGUGUAUUCGUUUGGUAUUGGCAAUGACUGGAGGUUUGAGGAUGACCUGUUUGAAUACUAUGGCUGUACUGUGAUGGCAUUUGACCCAAGCAUGAAUCGUCCUCCCCACAACCGGACCGCUGGUAUGCGCUUCAAACCGGAAGGUCUGUGUGGAAUGAAGGACUGCAGUAACAGAAAGUGGCAGAUGAAAACUUUCCGGCAGCAUCUGAAAGAGGCAGGACAUCUUGACAGAAUCAUUGAUUACCUCAAGUUCGACGUAGAAUACAGUGAAUGGCCAGCCAUUGAAGAAAUGCUGCAGGAUGAUUCACUCCACAAUGUUAAACAGAUCGCCUUCGAAGCGCAUUUAAAACACCCGCCAUACGAGCCUCUUGACACUUAUCUUACAAAAGGCGAACUCAUAAACAAAUUUCAGAUUUUGAAACAAUUGGAGAAAUUUGGUUUUCGGAAGUUCAAUUAUCGUUCAAAUCCGUUCGGACAUUAUUUUUGUAAAAUAAAUACCGAUGAUUAUUGCUCGGUGUUUUACGAUAUAAACUAUCUAAACAUUAAUUUUGUUGAGCCUAAACAUUUUGAAGAUUUUAAGAAUUACACAUCCAAAGUUUAAUGAGGGAGGGGUAUACUUGUGUAACAAUAUUGGUUGGUCUUUUAUCAUUUCUUGUCCUUCUAACUUCUUCAUUUUAAUCAGAUAAUUAUGAAACUUCUACAGCUUCCAAUCAAUUGGAGUGGCGAUGGAUGACAUGUUUGGUGCAGAUUAUGUUCAAAAUCGUUUUUCAUUAUGAGCAGUAUGUCACCAAAGGGACGAGAUUGCUCGAUAUGUGUUUAUCCUCUCGGAAAAAAUUGUGUCCUUUAAUGUUCUUCAGUUGUUAAUUUAGAAGAAUAUGCUCACUUUUAUAUUUUAUUUUAUUUUUAAUAU